AUUCCCGCUUCGCUGACCUGCGUGUUUGUUGCGUUUCUGUUUUUCGCAGACUUCAGCUAUGAAGCUCGCAAGAUUUUUGAUGAAACUCAGCCAUGAGACAGUUACUAUUGAACUGAAAAAUGGUACCCAGGUGCAUGGCACCAUUACUGGCGUAGAUAUUUGUAUGAAUACGCAUUUGAAAUCAGUUAAAAUGACUGUUAAGAACAGGGAGCCAGUCACUUUGGAGACACUAAGCAUUCGUGGCAAUAAUAUUCGUUAUUAUAUAUUGCCGGAUUCUCUUCCAUUGGAUACCUUGCUCGUAGAUGAAGGACCUAGACCAAGAACCUUCAGAGACAGUCGUGGUGGCAGAGGAGGACGCGGUGGUAGAGGCCGUGGUCGCGGAAGAGGAAUGCGUGGUCGUGGAAGAGGUGGCCCGCCAAGGAGAUAUUAAAAUAAAAAUGCUGGAUUUGAAUAUCAAGUUAUUUGGGAUUAUUAUUAAACAAUUUUAUGAGCAAUGAAAUUUCAUUUCGACUUCAUGCAGCUCAAAAUAAUCAUAUUGGCACUCUGUUUGUUUAUCGUAAUUUGACUGUACUUGCUGAUAAACCAUUAUAAAUCAGGGCUAAAGGAAAUCCUUUUCAACCCUGGUUGUCUGGUUAUCUAAUGCUAGACAAGAAAUUUGCGGUACGCAAAAAUUUUAUCCUGCAGUCUUAAUCUUAAAAGAAAAAUUGUUCUUUUGCAAUUCAUUUCAACCAUGUUUCAUUGGGAUUUACAAUCAUUUUAUUACUGUAUUACAACAAUGAAUAUUUUACAAUUGUUCUUUUGAA